UUCCGUUCCCUCCCUUCCGCCGCUAUGUCGCCCACCAUGGCGGAUGGGGCCGGCGUGGCCGAGCUGCUAUUGCAGCGUCUGGACGGAGCGGGUGACGACGACGACGGGCUCUGCAGCCUGGAGGCGGCCGCCGCGCUGGGCCUGGACCACCAGCUGCUUGUGGGAGCCGUGAAGAGCCUGCAGGCGCUGGGCGAGGUCAUUGAGGCUGAGCAGCGGUCAUCCAAGCACUGGGAGCUGACGGCUGAGGGGACGGAGAUCGUGCAGGAUGGGAGCCAUGAGGUGCACGUCUUCAAUAGCAUCCCGCCUGAGGGGCUGCCCCAGAGCCAGCUUAUGGCACUUCCCAGUGCGAAGGUCGGCUUCAGCAAGGCCAUGUCCAACAAGUGGAUACGGCUGGACAAGGCGGCUGAGGGGGGACCCCGCAUCUUCCGUGCUGUGGAGAAUGUGGAAGACUCUGUGCGGGAAAAGCUGGAGCAGGUGCAGCGGGGCAAGGCCGAGAGCCUGGAUCAGAAGGAACGGAAUGAGCUGAGGAAGAGGAAACUGCUGGUGGAAGUGACCCUGAAGAGCUACUGGAUCCGGAAAGGCAGUGCCUUUAGCACCAGGCUUGCCAAGCAGGAGACAGAGUUGACUCCUGAGAUGAUCGCCAGCGGGUCCUGGCACAACCUGAGCUUCAAAGCGUACAACUUUGCAGCACUGGGGCUGCCCCCCAACAGCGGGCACCUGCACCCACUGCUCAAGGUGCGCACUCAGUUCCGGCAGAUCUUCCUAGAGAUGGGCUUCACGGAGAUGCCGACCAAUAACUUUAUUGAGAGCUCGUUCUGGAACUUCGAUGCCCUGUUCCAGCCGCAACAGCACCCAGCACGUGAUGAGCACGACACCUUCUUCCUGCUGGAUCCUGCUGAAGCUACCGAGUUCCCCAUGGAGUACCUGCAGCGCGUGAAGCGGGUCCACUCACAGGGAGGCUAUGGGUCACAGGGCCCCCCUGUCCCCUGCAGGUACAAGUAUGACUGGAAGCUGGAGGAGGCGCGGAAGAACAUCCUGCGGACCCACACUACGGCUGUCAGUGCCCGCAUGCUCUACCACCUUGCCCACCAGGAGAAGUUUAUGCCUGCCAAAUACUUCUCCAUCGACCGGGUCUUCCGCAACGAGACGCUGGAUGCCACCCACCUUGCUGAGUUCCACCAGAUCGAGGGCGUUGUGGCUGACUAUGGCCUAACCCUGGGUGACCUAAUGGGCACCCUACAAGAGUUCUUCACCAAGCUGGGACUUGCUCAGCUGCGUUUCAAGCCAGCCUACAAUCCCUACACGGAACCCAGCAUGGAGGUGUUCAGCUACCACCAAGGGCUCAAGAAAUGGGUGGAGGUUGGGAACUCUGGCAUCUUCCGCCCGGAGAUGCUGCUGCCCAUGGGGCUGCCUGAGGGUGUUUCCGUCAUUGCCUGGGGCCUGUCUUUGGAGCGACCCACUAUGAUCAAAUACGGGAUCAACAACAUCCGUGAGCUGGUCGGGCACAAGGUGAACCUGCAGAUGGUCUACGACUCACCCCUCUGCCGCCUCGACUCCUAGCACCAGGAUCCUCUGACCUCCCCCUACUAUUUAUUUGCAUCCCCUGGGCUGAUACCCUGCAGCCCAUCCCUACAAAUGACAAGGAUGCCCUCUCUCAGAGAGCAGUGGAGCCCCCUGCCUGGUUCUAGUUCAGCUCCUGGGAGGGCUCUGGCUAGCGGGAGUACAGCAGGGGCUAUGGCAGAGCUGCCGCUGUGGGCAAUGCUAUAGCCUGGCCCGUGUCAGGGUGGGAAACUGGGCAUACAUGGAAGGGGGGUGGAAUCAGCUGCUCAACUCCCCCAAUAAAACAUCAUGUCUGGG